CGGAGGUGCCAAAGUGCGCUCGCUUUUGGACUGUAUACGUAUAUAGACGACAGAGCUGUCAAUGUACUUGUCCCGAGAUUCUAUCGAGUCUCUUGAUAAAUAUAUAUAUUGUUCUGUUUACAUCCUGUGUAUAUAACCGAUGAAAAAAAUGUUACAUCAAAAUUGUAUAAAAGGUGUAUAUCCAUUGAGCUGUAUAAAUAGAUUCAACGUACUUGUUGAUAAGAUUCCGUGGAAUGUAGCUUUUCCCGGUUACAAGCCUAAAGAAUAUACCGCGAGUAUCGUAAAUAGUAAAAUUUGGGCUGAUCCGAAUAUUACUGACAAAACAUUUUCACCCCAGUGGAAUUGUGUUGAUGAAAAUGUGAAUCGUCAAAGUUUUAUGGGCUACUAUACAUUAGACGAACAAGGUUAUCCACUCAAUCCAAUCGGUCGUACAGGCUUGAAGGGCAGAGGUCUCUUGGGGCGAUGGGGACCAAAUCAUGCAGCUGAUCCAAUUAUCACUCGCUGGAAACGCAAUGGUACAGGUGCUCUGGAGAUUGACAGAGUCACAGGAAAGCCAAUACUCCAAUUUGUAUCCAUAUUAAGAUGCGAUUCUGGAAAAUGGGCAAUACCUGGUGGCAUGGUCGAUGGUGAUGAGACCAUAUCGACAACGCUCAAAAGAGAAUUCAUAGAAGAAACUAUGAAUGCACUGAAUAAAAGUGAAACGGAAUUACAGUGGCUUAAAACACUAGUAGAGAACUUUUUUGAACAUGGUAAAGAAAUUUACAAAGGUUAUGUGGAUGAUCCAAGGAAUACAGACAAUGCUUGGAUUGAAACAUUUGUGAUGAAUUUCCAUGAUGAUAAUGGUAAUACUGUUGCUAAUAUGAUCCUUGAAGCGGGAGAUGAUGCAGCGAAUGUACAAUGGACGGACAUCGAUAGACAACUCAAAUUAUACGCUAAUCACGUAGAAUUUAUCCAAGAGGUUGCUUAUUUUCGAAACGCUCACUGGUGAAUAACGCACUCACAUGUUUAUCAACGUUGAUCAAUAUUAUGUCCAGACUCUAUUCAGUUUCCCCACUGUAAACUCGUGCUAGAGUAUACGGCAAUACUGACUGGAAUUAGCUGAUGCGAUUUUCAAUUAUUCGUGAAUGAGUCUCGAGAAAUUAAAAAUUUCACGCCCCA